AUGUCCGUCGACCGCCGGAGGACACUGAAGUUUGAGAUGAUGUCUCAGUCCCUGUCUCGGCCCAAGAUCAAGGCAGCAGCCGAUGUAUGGAGAUCUUUGGUCUCAGAUGGACAUGUGGAUGGCGAGGGGUACCGGUGCAUGACAGAAGGAGAGACAUCUGGGGGUGGAGCGUUGGCAGGCAUGCAGGUGGACAGCAUGUGA